CACACAAAGUCAAGUUCCAGUCCAUGAAGACAAUGACAUGAGAAGAAAUGGUACCUUGUUGAACUCAGAUUUUGAUCAGCUCCAAGAACAGCUGAAAUUGGCAAUGCAAAGGGAAAAGCUUUUGAAGGAACAAUUGGAAAGUGAGAGUAUAAAAUUUAAAAAAAUUGAAGAAGAUAGUAAUUUAAAGGAAAAAAAUUUUGAAUCUAUUAUCACUGCCAAAGAAGAUGAAAUAAGGAAUCUAAAAAAGCAGCUGAAAGAAAGAAGUGAAGCACAAAAUUGCUUACAGGUAUCAAGAUAUGAAAAAGAGAAGGCAAGGAGUGAAAAACAGCCUUCGUCUAGACAGGAAUUAUCAUCAGGGGUCUCUUCUGCAUCUGUCUGUGAAAGGGAUGAACUGGAAAGUGUUUUCUGGGGCAUGAAGGAAGAAUUCAGUCGAAUACGUGCACUGGCAAGAGCACAGACGGACCAGCUGAAUAAAUGUAACCUAAGGAGAGAACCUACAACUGAAAUUCCUUUUUCCAAGCCUAUCCAGUGCACUGAUGAACAAACGGAUGACCUUUGUAAUCCAUGGGUUAAAAAGGAUACCAACAGAGAUGUACCUCAUUUCCCAUCUAUUGCGUCAAGAGGAAUGGGACCAGACGAGGAAGAAAACUCUGUGGAAUCCCUUUCUAAGCUUAAUGUCAAGUUCCCACCUACAGAUAGUGAUACUGAAUUCUUGGAGAGCUCUUCAGAGACUACUCCAAUUCUAAACACUCUGACGACUGAAAACAUGCUCCCAAAUCUGCCAUUUAACAUGGACCUUGGGGACCAGGAGCCUCCGUGGAAAUCUUACUGCACUCAAGACACUGACUUACUGGCACUUGCUUCUGAAGACUCGGAACUCAGACAGUCAGGAAUAUGUGAAUUCUGUCAGAAAGUCUUUCCACCAUCUCUUACAUCCAGGGAGGAUUUUCUGAGGCAUCUGAAUUCACAUUUCAACUUGAAGUCUUAGCAUCACUGGAAAACAGACAAGUUUUAUUUAAUUUAAUUGUGGAUGCUGUCUUUGAUCUUGGUCCCAACAGAUAUAAAAAUUUGAGAAUAUAAGGUGGCAUUUAUAACAAUCUGUUGCGUUCAUGCCCAACAUUAAUAUAAUUAAAAUCAGAUACAAAGCCCUAAAAUAAACAUAUUGAAACUCCUUUUGAAUCAACAUGUCUUGAGUUAAAACUUGUAGUUGCAGAGGGAUGAUCCAGUCCGAUAUGUAACAAACAAAAAUUGGGAUCGUAUUUUGUAUAUAGAACUGAUAAGUGUGUAUCAUUGUUUAUAUUUCUAAAUAACAUUUAUUUAUUAGUAUACAAUUUUUAACAUUUGGCAUACCAGUUAAGAAGUACAUGAAAAUAAGUGCUAUGCAUAUUAGUUCUUGCAAGUACACAUUGACCCUUAUAUUAGGCAUUUAACUAUGAACAAUUUAUGAAAGUGAACUUCUGGCUUAUGUUAUCCCUUUUGUAAUAAACCAAUGACCCACAUGUU